UUGUUUUACAGAAACGUCAUUUAUAUUUUUUUUUCAGGAAGACGUUUCGGAAGAUCAGAAGUCAGCCCAGACGACGCUCGAUUAGCGACAAGAUCUCUUCCGCAGUGGCAGAAGGACUUUUUGCUGAACGAGCCUGAUUUGGAUGGCGUAUAUGCAGAGUACUUGGAGAUGAUGGUGCAGUUCGGCUACGCGACGCUGUUUGUUUCGUUAUUUCCUCUGUCCCCCCUUAUUUGUUUUUUGAACAACAUAGUAGAGAUUCGGUUGGAUGCAAUCAAUUUCACCGCUUCGUAUCGAAGAUCCAUUCCACUGCGAGUGUCCGGGAUUGAGAUCUGGCAUUACUGCUUGGAUAUCAUCCUGAAACUGGCAAUCAUGUCCAAUGCGGCGACGCUGGCCUUCACCAGCGAGUCGAUACCGCGCUUCAUGUACUUGUACUUUUCAAAAUACAAGAGAAAGUCCUACGUGCAGUUCACACUGAUACCUUUCAACACGACACUGUGGACCGGGUACCACGACUACUUCCCGAACACUUCACAGGUCUGUUAUUACAAAGACACGUACCAGUCGACGAUCGAAUGGCGCGAGAUCACCAUAGUCCGUUUGUCUGUAUUCAUUGUUUUCGUUUUGUUUUUCUUCAUCGCACAGUUGGUGUGCAAGUUCUUCCUGUCGAAGCCACCAGAGCACAUAACGGACCGUAUAAACAAGGCCAAGUUCCUGGCCAGGCAGGCGAUGUUCGCCAACGACGGCGAGGAGGAAAGCAAGUCACGGAACAAAGCGACAGGCAGCUUGGAGGAGAUUGAACUGCGCGAGACUAUGGGCAACACUCAGCCGCCAAAAACGAACUUCGUCCAUACCGUCCUCAACACGACCUCUUUGGAAACGUCUGUGGUGUGA